AUGGACCUCCCCCACACUCAGGGCGCGCUGACCUCACCUGGCCACCCCGGGGCGCUUCAGGCUGGCUUGGGGGGCUACGUCGGAGACCACCAGCUUUGUGCCCAGCCGCCCCACCCACACCCGCACCCGCACCACCUCCUCCCAGCCGCCGGAGGGCAGCACCUCCUCGGGCCUCCCGACGGGGCGAAGGCCUUGGAAGCAGCCGCCCCGGAAUCCCAGGGGCUGGAUACCAGUCUGGAUGGGGCGGCCCGGCCCAAAGGCUCCCGGCGGUCAGCGCCCCGCAGCUCAGGCCAGACCGUGUGCCGCUGCCCCAACUGCCUGGAGGCGGAGCGACUGGGGGCUCCGUGCGGGCCCGAUGGGGGCAAGAAGAAGCAUUUGCACAAUUGCCACAUCCCGGGCUGUGGGAAAGCCUACGCCAAGACAUCGCACCUGAAGGCACACUUGCGCUGGCACAGCGGCGACCGCCCCUUCGUGUGCAACUGGCUCUUCUGCGGCAAGCGCUUCACGCGCUCCGACGAGCUGCAGCGCCGCCUCCAGACCCACACCGGCACCAAGAAGUUCCCCUGCGCAGUCUGCAGCCGAAUCUUCAUGCGCAGCGACCACCUGGCCAAACACAUGAAAACCCACGAGGGCGCCAAAGAGGAGGCUGCCGGGGCGGCGGCGGGAGAGGGCAAGGCCGGCGGAGCGGAGCCCCCCGGGGGCAAAGGCAAGCGCGAGGCCGAGGGCAGCGCGGCUCCCUGCAGCUGA